GACAUCAAAACCGACAACGAGUCCUUUGUCCUUUCUGACCUGCAGUCCAACGACUGUCGGCUGAUCAAGGUGAAGCGAGAUCGAAAAGAACAUUCGGUUUUAAGGAUCGCCUUUCGCCGCAGUUGGGACACCUGCGACCCGGAGGACUACGUGAUCGACUCAGGCACCACCCACCUCGUCUGGGCCACCGGCCCGGGCCCCCUCGCCCGCAUCGAGGCCCUUCGUUUAAAGAACUCCCGGCACGGCUUCACCCGAACGCAGCUCCUCAAGCCGCCCUCCGCCGCCCACCUUCCCAAACUCCCCUACUACAUUAAGAAGUUUGAAGUUCGCCAUUCGAACAUCACCGUCCCACCGGUGGAAACCACCUACUGGUGCCGCCUGGCGAAGCUCCCUGAAGCGGACUUUUCCACCAAAAAUCACAUUGUCCAGUACGAGGCGGUGAUAGCGAACGGCUCCGAGCACCUCGUCCACCACAUGGAGCUCUUUCACUGCGAGGUGAACACUACGGAAGUUCCCGAACUUCCGCCUUGGAACGGUCACUGUGAUGACCCGGCGAUGCCCGCCCCGCUGAAGGCCUGCAAACGCGUGGUGGCCGCCUGGGCGAUGGGCGCCUCGCCAAUGACGUACCCGAGGCACGUGGGCCUGCCCAUCGGGGGGCCCGGCUACUCCCCGUACGUCAUGCUGGAGAUGCACUACAACAACCCCGACCUGGUGGGGGGCGUGGUCGACUCGAGCGGCAUUCGCCUCUACUACACUGACCACCUCCGCCAGACGGACGCGGGCAUUCUGGAGAUUGGCCUCGAAUAUACGGACAAGAACUCCAUUCCCCCGGGGGUGGUGAUGGACCUGCGGGGGUACUGCGUGGCGGAGUGCACCAGGGCGGCCCUGCCCCCCUUUGGGAUCACCAUCUUUGCCUCGCAGCUGCACACCCACCUCACUGGGGUCAGAAGUUGGACGGAACAUGUUCGAGGGGGCGUGGUGGUGGGCGAGGUGAACCGCGACGACCACUACAGCUCCCAUUUUCAGGAGAUUCGGGCGCUUCCGGUGCCGGUGACCGUCUUCCCGGGGGACGCCCUGGUUAAUGUNUGUGACCGUCUUCCCGGGGGACGCNCGGGGGUUACGCUGGGCGGAUUUGGAAUUCGGGAUGAGAUGUGCGUCAACUACCUGCACUACUACCCGAAGGUGGGGCUGGAGGUGUGCAAGAGCAGUGUGGAUACGGCCUACCUGCGGAAGUACUUCCAGCGGAUGAAGGAGGAGGAGGGGCAGAACUGUAGUGCUGAAGGGGCCGUUUCGGAUAAUUACCGGGGAAUUGAGUGGAAUGCAAAGAGGGCCGCCGAGCUAGAUCGGCUCUAUCAGCUGGCGCCGCUGUCGAUGCAGUGCAAUCGAAGUGACGGGCGGCGGUUUCCGGGCUACUGGAACGGCGUCCCCGUGACGCGGGUGAGCACGCCGCUGAAGCCAAAGGCGCGCCGGUGUCACUGGGCGAUGAGGAAGCCGCUACAGGGAAUGCUGGGCAGCGGCGGAAGUGGUCGAACUGGCGAGCGAAGGUUGGGCAUUCUUGAGGAGGAUGAUGAAGAAGAGGGUGAUGAGGGUGAUGGAAAUGCUGGAGUUCAGGACGUCGAAGAGGAGGAGCUGAAGAUUGAAGGCGCCGGACGGCACAGUCAUCGCAAUCGCAAGCGAGGAAGGGGCAUGUACAAGCGAUCGNAGGCGCGCCGGUGUCACUGGGCGAUGAGGAAGCCGCUACAGGGAAUGCUGGGCAGCGGCGGAAGUGGUCGAACUGGCGAGCGAAGGUUGGGCAUUCUUGAGGAGGAUGAUGAAGAAGAGGGUGAUGAGGGUGAUGGAAAUGCUGGAGUUCAGGACGUCGAAGAGGAGGAGCUGAAGAUUGAAGGCGCCGGACGGCACAGUCAUCGCAAUCGCAAGCGAGGAAGGGGCAUGUACAAGCGAUCGCUGAUGGCUAAUGAAACUUUGGAAGAUGGAAAGUUAGAAGAGGGGGAUGAUGGUGGUGAAAAGGAAGAAGAAGAAAUGGAGAAGGCUCGAAUGCUGGAGAUUGCUGCCGAAGUUUAG